UUACCAAUAAAUUGACUUUGACACGCUACAAAGAUUUUUAUCGAGAUUUUAAAUUAAUAAAAAAAAAUAAUAAUAAAUAAAGGUUGAGUAAUCAAACAACUUUUUAUUGUCCUUUUAUUUAUUUUUACACAAAGUGAGGUUGAGUACACAGAUCCUGUUUGCGGUACAACAUCGCCAUUAAACCAUCAAACGUAAUCCAUUUAGUGUCAUAACCGUAAUUUAUUCAAUAUUGGAACACAAUCAACAUUUAAAUAAAUUAUGAAAUUGAAUGAUAAAAUGAAAAAAGUGUAGCCCGUAGUAAAAAAAAAUUAAAAUAAACGCCCAACAGUAAUAAUGAAGACCAAUGAGAGUGAAAUAAUUGAUGGUGCAACAUCAAUAAUAACAACGGCGGUAGAUUACGCGCUAUCGAACCUAAGCAGCAGCACACAAAACAACAAUUUUUCCGUCACCACAGCAUUUCCGAAUGCAUCAAAUGAGGAAUUUGUGCCGUACAAAUAUCGACCGGAAACGUAUCUGGUGCCAAUUUUAUUUUCAAUUAUUUUUAUUGUUGGAGUGUUAGGAAAUGGCACGUUGAUUAUUGUUUUCAUUAAACAUCGGACGAUGCGAAAUGUACCAAACACAUACAUUCUAUCGCUGGCAGUCGCCGAUUUAUUAGUUGUACUGUUCAAUGUGCCAUUAGUGGCGGUCGUUUAUGCCAUCGAUUCCUGGCCAUGGGGGCAAACCAUCUGUUCGGCAUCCGAAUUUAUCAAGGAUCUGUCCGUGGGCGUUUCGGUUUUUACGUUGACUGCAUUGAGUGCCGAUAGAUUUUUCGCAAUUGUUGAUCCAUUAAGGAAAUUCCAUACGCAAAGCGGCGGAAAACGUGCAACCCGCGUAACAAUCGCCAUCGCCUUAUCAAUAUGGGUUCUUGCCAUCCUCUGCGGCAUGCCAUCUCUCAUAGCUAGCAAAAUAAAGGAAUUGGAAUUUAAGAACGUCACAUUUUACAUUUGUUAUCCGUAUCCCGAAGAAUGGGGCAACGAAUACCGUAAGACGAUGGUUCUGACGCGCCUUGUCGUGUAUUUUGUUGCGCCAUUACUUGUCAUUGCGAUAUUCUACGCGCUCAUGGCACAUCAUUUGAUAAGGAGUGCACGUGAUAUGCCGGGCGAAAUGCAUGGCGCCGUAAGACAGGUCAAGGCGAGACGAAAAGUUGCUGUGACAGUGUUGGCUUUUGUUGUCAUUUUUGGUAUUUGUUUUCUGCCAAUGCAUAUCUUUUUUCUGUGGUUCUAUUUCUAUCCGGAUGCCGAGAAUGCUUACAACUCAUUUUGGCACGUCUUUCGUAUCGUCGGAUUUUGUCUGUCGUUCAUCAAUAGCUGUGCUAAUCCAGUCGCGCUGUAUUGUGUGAGCGGCGCAUUCAGAAAGCACUUUAAUAGGUAA